AUGAUUGCAUGUGGGGGACGGUUUGAUACGAGCCUAGAGAGACUUGAGAAUUCCGCUUUCCAUCUGCAGGACAUGAUACAUUCAGAUCCAAGGCUGGCCGGUCAAAUGAAAUCGGUGGAUGACACCCUGCUAGAUGUGCGAGAAGAGGAACUUUCGUACAUACGAAAGCUCUCGUAUUUUCGACACCUAGAGAGCCGUGGGGAUAGCGCCUGGACGAUGAUGGGAAUUUCGGUUGCGAAGAUCGGAGACAAUGCACCUGGUUUCCUCGAGACGGCAAUCUUGACAAGGGACUUUCAGGCAACAGAUGGCCACGACAAGAUCUUCGCCUUGUGGAAUUUGGCUAAAGAUAAAGAUGGUCUCGACUUCAAAAUGGACUACUCUGAACCGAUACCUACGAGCUUUACCAAGUUUGCUGCUGCUUGGAUCAGACAACAUGGAAGCCUAGAUAUAAUCGCCGCAUCUGAGCCUGUUCCAGAGAGCAGGGACUUCUACGCCAAUGCGCCAUCGUGGUGCCCCGACUGGACGGUCCCCGCCAAGACUAGCUGCUUGCUUCGUCGCGAUACCAUCCCAAAGCGAAUGAUGAGGAUUAUGGAUGACCUCGAUGGGGCCGUAUACUCCGCCGAUGGCGGGAUGACACUGGACAAAGCCAGUAACGAGCCAUUUUUCACAUUUGAGGGCGAUGCCUUAUACUGCACUGGCAUCAUUCUGGAUAACAUCGCCACUUUUUUAGGCGACCUCCCAGCGUUUCCGAAGGACAUGCAAUUCCCAAUGGGCGACCCACAAACAUACUUCAGAUACGUAACUUGGAUGGAGAAACUAGACAACUUUUACAAAGACAGCAACGUUGCUAUAUACGAAGACCCGAUGCAGGCGGCUAAGGCCAUGUUCCACGGCGACCUCCCAUCGGCCUGGCCACGACGCGAGGAGAACCCGGGUAACUGCAGUGAGACCUAUCCACAGGAGAAGUACGUGUGCAAACCAGAGCUGUCGCGCUAUGUCAAGUUCUUUGCAGGGAGCUACAGCAGGCUUGAGGCACGCGAUCAUGUGAAGAUGGUGCUCCGGGGUCGGACGUUGUGCGUUACUGAAAAGGGCUACAUGGCUCUCGCUCCGUCCUACGUGAAGAACAAUGUAGCUGAGAAGCCUUGGUUGCUUGCAAUAUUGGCGACAUGCUCGGUCCCUGUGCUGAUGCAGGAGAAUGACGAUGGGUCUUACAAGAUUUGCGGAACAUGUUUUGUACAGGGGUGGAUGGAAGGAGAGGUUUUGAAAGACGAGAUGGGUGUUGAUUCACCAGCGGAUUUCUGGUCAGCAAUGGAGGGUAGCAGCAAGCUCAAGAUUGUAUGA